AUGAGUGGGCUUACCACAGUCCCAGACAACAUCAACUUUCCGAACGAAGAGCAAAAAAUAUUGAAGACUUGGAAUGAAAAUAAGGUUUUCGAAAAAUCAUUGAAGUUAGCGGCUGAUAGACCCCGUUUCACAUUCUUCGAUGGCCCUCCUUUUGCUACCGGUCUUCCACAUUACGGGCACAUUCUGGCUGGAACCAUAAAGGAAUGGGAAACAACUGUUGCUCGGAUGGGUCGCUGGAUUGACUUCCAAAAUGAUUAUAAAACUCUUUAUCCCUGGUUUAUGGAAAGUGUGUGGUGGGCCUUCAGCGAGUUGUUCAAGAAGGGACUUGUCUAUAGAGGUGUUAAGGUGAUGCCAUACUCUACAUCAUGUAGCACACCCCUGUCAAACUUUGAAGCUGGUCAAAACUACAAGGAUGUUGUAGACCCUGCCGUUUUCAUUGGAUUCCGACUCGAUGAUAAUCCGAACCGAAUGAUGGUGGCGUGGACUACAACUCCGUGGACUCUUCCUAGUAACCUGGCUUUAUGUGUGCACCCUGAUCUGGAUUACGUUAUAGUUAAAGAUCCCGCGACCAAUGUUGAAUACGUAAUAAUGGAGGAGCGAUUGUUUGAGUUGAAAAAUGAAAGCCUCAUAGUUUUGGAAAAGCUCAAGGGACGCAUGUUUGAAGGAAAAGGAUACGAACCUCUAUUUCCUUACUUUAACCACAUGAAAAGCGAAAGAAAUGCGUUUCGUGUGCUUUGCAACUCAUUUGUUACUACUGACCAAGGAACUGGUAUCGUGCAUCAAGCUCCUUACUUCGGAGAGAUUGAUUUUCAAGUCUGUCUGGAAAAUGGCAUAAUCACAAAGGACAUGAAAAUCAUAUGCCCAGUAGACGAAAAUGGGAGGUUUGUUAUAAUGCUUCUCUUCGAUUUUAUAUUCAUUCUCAUCAAAACUCUAUGCUCUACAUACACGUGGAAAACUAGGUAA